AUGGAUUCUGAUUCCUCAUUCUUCCAAUACCAAAACCUUAACACUUCUUUUUCAGAACCCUUUUCAUGGGACGAUUUCUUCAUUUUCAAUGAAGACAUCAUCACCAUUCCCUUGAACUUCACCGAUCAAAACACACAAGAAGUUUCAUCCAAUUCCAAUUCCAACUCCAACUCCAACGCUUCUGGUUCUCAAACAAGUAUAGAAUCACAAGAAGUUUCAUCCGAUUCAACUCAACUAGCACAAUCAUCAUCAUUUUCAUCACCUAAGAGGCCAUAUAGAGGAGUUAGGAGAAGACCGUGGGGGAAAUUCGCGGCGGAAAUAAGAGAUUCGACGAGAAACGGCGUUCGAGUUUGGAUUGGAACAUUUGAUACAGCUGAAGAAGCUGCAUUAGCGUAUGAUCAAGCAGCUUUAUCAACGAGAGGUUCAAUGGCAGUGUUGAAUUUUCCUGAACAAGUUGUGAGAGAAUCAUUGAAAGAUAUGGUGAAUUACAAGUGUUGGGAAAAAGAUGGUUCUUCUCCUGUUUUGGCACUUAAGAAGAAACACACUAUGAAAAGAAAGUCUAAGGCAAGUAGUAACAAAAAGAGCAAAAGGGUAGAAAGGGAAAUGGAAAAUAUUGUUUCAGAAAAUGUUUUGGUGUUGGAAGAUUUGGGUUCUGAGUAUCUAGACCAACUUCUUAGCUUGAGCACUUCUUGUUCUUCUCAAGUCUUUUGCUAA